CGGGCGGCAAGGGAGUGGCUGCUACUGCCAACGAGGAAGCAGGGGUUGCAGAAAAGACAGCAGCAGCGGCAGCAGUGGUGAGAGCCGGAUCAUCGACAGGCACCGCGGUAGAAUCAGGAGCGGGUGGAGUUGUAGCAGUGGAGAUAGCAGCCGUGAUUGACAGGCUGGUGGGCGGAACGAAAACCACAGCUGCGGUGGCAUCAGCGCUGGAAACAGCCGCGGUGAAGGGAGGUCUGGGAGGAGGUGGCCGGCUGAAGAGCUGGGCGACUGCAGCCCGUUGGUUCCAGUCGAGCUCCUCUUAUAGCUCCGGAAACUUGAAAAACGGUAGGAGCUCCUCUUUGCUCUUCAGCAGAUUCCGCACCUGAGUCACCGCACUCAUCCGCCUCCAAGGUGGACUGAGCGUGGCGAUGACAUUCAGACAAUCCUGGACCUGUUCCAUGAGGAGCCCCACGUUCUCCUGGAGAACAUGCUCCGCUGAGCUACGGUCCGGGAGCGGGGCAAGAUCCAUCUUGCCAGUUCCUGUAUGGAAUCUCUGUGUGGGUGUCGGGUUCUUGUGUUCGGCUCCCUCUGUCAUGUUUUUGUGAGGAACCCGAACACAACCACACACAGAGUUCUGUUUUGUGAGUUUUAUUGAAGAUGAAGAAGACCAGAGUUCAGACCAGAUGGAAGCAGGAGGCUGUUAGUGGCUGAGGCUGGCAAGCGGGAUGGAGACGGAGCAUGGAGGCAGCAGGAGCAGCAACACAGCAGAGUGGAGACUUGGAACUAGAACUUGACAGCAGCACGGCAGAGUAGAGACUUGGAACCAGAACUAGACCAGCAGAAUUAAGCAGCGUGACUGAAUGAAUACUUGCUGGACCGGAGUGAGAGCAGAACCAGAACCACAGCAGGCGGACGGACGGAGAUGAAGGGAACCUGGGCUGGUAAUGAAAAGUGUGUAGAAGCCAAGAAGUUUUGCUGGUAUUUUGAGGAACGAUAUCCCGCCUAUUUUGUAUGUCGUUCCUAUGAGGACUGCUGUGGAACUCGCUGCUGUGUGAGAGCCUUGUCCAUCCAAAGAUUAUGGUACUUCUGGGUCCUCCUCAUGAUGGGAGUGUUAUUCUGCUGUGGGGCUGGCUUCUUCAUCCGCAGAAGGAUGUAUCCUUCUCAUCUGAGAGAUGAGCCAAACUUUAACGUCUCCUUCACCAGGCACCCUGUCACCACACCAGUUUCCCAGCAGCCCGGCAGUAUGCAGGGCUUUGGGGUGAAUGGGAUGACCGGAGGUGACCCCGGGGUUACAGUGGCCCAGCCUGCAUAUCCUGCACAGCCCGGCACCGCCCACAUGAUGAUGUGGUCUUAUCCGCCACCUCCGUCCUACUGCAACCACCCACCGCCACCUUACGAACAAAUAAUCCAAAAUGACAACAAGAAGUAGUGUCUUCAAAGAGCUGACGAGGUGGAACGUGAAGAGGGAGGGGAGGCGGCGGUGACAGAGUGCUGAUACAGCUGAGGAAAAGGAGGACCAGUCUGCUGUUUGCAAGUGAAUAAGAACUGGAGUGAAGAAGUUAAUGACAUAUUACUGUCAUUGAAAACAGAAACCAUAGACCCCCUCACAAUUCCCCUCCAGUUCACAUGAACAUCCACUGCCUGAUGGGAACCCACAGGUCUUCAUGUCCCAGUAGUUAGGCAGGUUCACUGUGGAUUAAAAUGCUGGAAAGGAAAGUAAAAACUGAUUUUAACCACAGAAAAUAACUUUUUUAAAAGCUUAGUAUCAGUUUUAUGGUUGGCACAGGCUUUCCAGCAUUUUAACGCAGCAGGAGCUUCUUCAUGAAUAAGUUAUUGAUGUAGUUUUUAUUCAUAGCCCAGUUAUGUAAUGACAUGAUUUAGUGGUUGAGGCUGCUUUUCCUUUGGCUCUUUCAGCUGCAGACGUUCUAGUGUUACAUGCUGACUCCUUCGGAGGCGGGCCGUUGGUGACGGCUGCUGUUGCGGGAUUGGGUUGGCUGUCAGUGCACGGCAGAGCAAUAGCUGAGCGGUGCCGUCUGUUCGCACAGCGUGGCUGGACAGAUUUUUGCACACAAGAAAAGAAACGUGCUGUCAUUUCAAUGCAACACUUCUGUUUUCCUGUCCGCAACCCCCAUUUGACUAUCGUUUCAAUGCAAUAAGCCCAGAGACCAGUUUAUAGGAGAAGGGAUUGUUAAGGGACCUUUGGGAACAGAAGCGUUGGGCUCUGGUGCUGAGUUUCUUGGGCAGGACAACUUGAUGCUUUCUUUCCAAACUUUCUUAAUAAACAAAAAAACUAAAGCCGACAAUGGAGAACUCUUGUCAUGUGCAAAUUAAAUUAUCAGCAGGGUCAGAGAUGGUUCCUGGCUCUGCCUUUGACUGGAGGUGGGUGGAUCUUCUGUAAAAUGAAAAUACUAUCACUCCACCGGGAGAUGCUCAAUGGUUUGCUACUGUCCUUCAUAUUGGGGUCAACUUGCCAAGAAACUAGACUCUAACAUCAGAAAUUAUUUUUCCAGAAGGAAAGUUUGGCGCGUAGUAUUUGGAGAUCAAAUUUUAACACAUCACAUCAGUAGUAACCUAAUAAUAGAUGAAGCACUUGAACCAGCCAGCUUAAAGAGUAUGUGAGACCAAAAUUACCAAAACCCCCCCCCCCC